GACAUGGAAGUCGCGUUGGGUUGAAUCCCACAAAGAAGGUAUCAUGCUAGUACUGGACGGAGGACGGCUAGUUUAUUUGCUUUUGUAGACGAGAUUGAUCAGAAACAGUAAUGGAUAAGAAGAAAAAGCUAUACGAUGUUACGGCCUCUUCUUUGGUGGACCUCAAAGCUGAACUCUACAGAAAGCAGGAGAAAUUCAAACAUCAGAAGCUAGGACAAGAUGCUGGAGCUGGCUCUUCUAAUUUCAAAAUUAAGAAGCCCACAGUGUGGAAUAAGCAGAAUGAGGGGGUCUCUGCACGAGCACAGAAAGAUGUGGAGCAGCUGACAGAGGAGGAAAACAACCUUGAUAAGUCGAGACGGAAGCUGGAGGAGAAGGCCAAACUCUAUGAGCAGAUGACCAAAGGAGACUUUCCUGAUGAGGAGACAGAGGGUUUGUUCCUGGUGGAUUUCACUCAGAAGAUCAUUGACAAGAAGAGAGAGACUCAUGCCCAGCAAGACAGGGAGAUCGAGGACAGGGAUAUGGGCAGCUCGUCCCCAAUCCCACCCCCCGAGAACCCGGAAGAGGAGUGGGUGGAUUAUGUGGAUGCUCUGGGCAGAUCAAGGAAGUGCAUGAAGAAAGACCUGCCAGGGUUCAAGAAAAUGGACCAAGACUUUCAAGGGAAAAGACAUGCAGUAACGGAGAAGACCUUGCUGUCAGAGGACAUGCGUCGUGAGCUUCAGAGACAAGAGUGGGAGAGGGAGGAAGAGGAGGCGUUGAAGAGGCCUGUGGGACCAAUCCACUAUGAGGACAUUAGGGAGCAAGAGGCCCGUGAGUUGGGUGUGGGCUACUUUGCGUUCUCUCAGGACCAGGAGCAGCGCAGGAAACAGAGAGACACCCUGGACAUGCUCAGAGACCAGACGACAGACCAGCGUAGUAAGAGAGAGAUGCUGAAGGAGAAGAGAAAGGCUCUACUUAAGGCUCGACUGGCUAAGGUGAGGCAGAGAAAGAACAAAAAUACCAAGAUGGAUGGCACAGAGGAGGAUCAGGAAGAGCCACUGAAAGAAGAAGAAGACGAUGAGAUUGGUCCCCUGCCUCCAUCAGAGCAUGCCCCUGAGGCCAGUGGGAAGGUUGGGAAGGUGGAGGUGGAGAUCCAGGAGAGAAAGGACACCAGGCCAGGGGUUCCCCACGUCAGAGAGUGGGACAGGGGCAAAGAAUUCUCUCUGGGCCUGUGGACUAACCGGAGACGAGAAGAACGUGAUGCAGACUUUGCCCCUCCCUCUGCGUAUUUUAAAGAGGAUAGGAAACCAAGUUAUGGAAGAACUGUUGGACGAGAACAGGACAAACCCAAAAUGACUUUCAAGUGGUCUGAUGCACAAAGUGAAAAGAGCAAGGAGCCACCCAAGCCUCAUCCUGAACCCCAGGCCCACCCUGAACCCCAGGCCCACCCUGAACCCCAGGCCCACCCUGAACCCCUGGCCCACCCUGAACCCCUGGCCCACCCUGAACCCCAAGCCCAUCCGCAGCCUAAUAGUGCUGCUGGCCACUCUAAACCCCAACACACAUCUCCUCCCCCUCUGAUUAAAAUGCAGAUACAACCCCAAACCACAGAUCAAGACCAACCUCAGCCCGUACCCUCUGCACCUGCUGUGCCGAGCGCCCCCCAACUUCAGUACACAGCACCGCCAAUGCACUGUCCUCCGACUGCCCCACCCCUUUUCUCCCAGUGUUCUCUUCCACCAUUGCAUCCUAACUGUCCUCCAUCUCACCUGCAGUAUACAUCCACACCCCACUACCCACCCCAGUAUCCCCCCCACUACCCACCCCAAUAUCCCCCUAGCCAAUAUCCAUAUGGCCAGUAUCCCCCUAGCCAGUAUCCCUAUGGCCAGUAUCCCUAUGGCCAGUAUCCCCCUAGCCAGUAUCCCCCUAGCCAGUAUCCACCUAGCCAGUAUCCCCCUAGCCAGUAUCCACCUAGCCAGUAUCCCCCCCAGUAUCUGGCCCAACCCCUGGUCCAGCAACAGGCCCAACCCCUGGUCCAGCAACAGGCCCAACCCCUGGUCCAGCAACAGGCCCAGCCUCAUCAGCCCAUGCAGGAAGCUCAGUCCCAGCCCCUGGAAACCUCCCAGAGUCUGGAGGACAUGCUGUCCUUUUACAAGAGCUCUACUUGAUCUUUACUGAAAGACUAAAUGGAGAAAAACAUGGAUCACUCCAGCCAGUCACAACUGGGAUGUACAGUCACCCAGCCAGACACCAAUGUUUGAUGUAACUUUAAACCAAAAAUACAGAUUAAAAAACAGUAAAAUAACCAUGUUUAUUUGGUUGAAAUAUCCCAACCAACAAAAUGUUUUCACACAAGGGUUCUAUAUAUUGGAAAUGUGAUUAAAGAUAAGUAGGUUUAAUUUAGUGCUGUCUGGUUAUGAUUUCUCUUGAGGUGCUUUUCCUUUGAAGUACGAUUAUUUAUGAUUGCUGAUAUUAGUGUAGUGUAGUUUUUGAAUGUGUCAGCUUGCCAUCUGUCAUUUCAGUUCACAGGCAAACAUUUGUGCAGCCUUCACUUGGAAAAGAACAGUGAUUGAAGGGGGUUGAGGUUAUUAUAGUUAACUAUAAUUUAUACAUGUAACCAUUAGCCUCUAGGUGGUGCUAGGACCAUUCUUUUGACCCUAUGUUUAAUAGUGAAGCUUGCUUACUGCAAUUCACUUGUUUUUGUGGAUAUUAGAGAGUUGCAAACUUAUUUGAUAAAUUACAAAUGUAUGUUUGUGAGCUGUAUAACUUUGAUUUUAAUAACUACAAAUAACAUU